UUGAAACCCUGAUCUAUGACGGUUAAAAGUCUUCUGGUAAUCAAUAAUCGACGGUUGUUAUUUCUUUCCUCGAAAGCUUGAGUUUGACGCCUACCGUUUCUCAAUUCAGAUCGGCUUCCCUUUCCCCCCUCUUCGUCUUUGCCUCCAUCCACCACUCCUUAAACCCAAGGUCAUUUCUAAACCCUAAAUUUCAUCUUCUUAUACCUCUCCUUUACUAAUUUAUGUUUCUCCUCGCUUCUGAAAUUUCAAGGGCAUUCAGGACACCGAGAAGUUCAUUUUUCGCGCGAUUUGAUUAAAUGGGAGACCCAACAGCUUUAGAUACUCUACUCCGUCAUCUUCGUUCGACAUGCAAGUAUUAUACCGGGUUCCCAAAAGAUCUUGGGCCUUCCAGGGUCAUACAUUUUACAUCUGAACGUGAGUUUGUCCAACUCCUUCAUGAAGGCUAUCCAGUUGUUGUUGCUUUUACGAUCAGGAGUAACUACUCAAAGCAUCUUGACAACGUAUUGGAGGAAGCUGCGGUUGAGUUUUAUCCGAACGUUAAAUUUAUGCGUGUCGAGUGCCCAAAGUAUCCUGGUUUCUGCAUUUCACGGCAGAGGAAGGAAUAUCCAUUUAUCGAGAUGUUUCAUAGUCCAAAACAAGCAUCCAGCCAGGGAAAGAUUGCUGAUUCUAAUGUGACGAAGUACUCAGUGAAGGUUCUGCCUUUUAACUAUGACACCAGUGCCUACGGAUUCAGAGAGUUUUUUAAGCGUCAUGGGAUAUAUGGUCGUUGAAUCAAAAGUAACACCAACACGUGGGUAAAGCACAUUAAGCCUUUGUAAUUUAUUAUAUGUAAUUUGAACUGGUUUAUGCUGUACAUGGUAAGAGGUAAACUCCAUAUGUCUUUACGCCCGAAGUAAAAGUAGAUCGCAUACAGUGUAGAAAAUGUGUUGGAAUAUUCAAUCACAAGAUUCUCCUGGCCUUGAAGAUGCCGGAGAAGGCGUGGGAACAGCUUGCUUUAUGCUGCUGUCCUGUAGCGGACUGUGCUUCACUCGCAGAGCUGGGAACGCGCAAGAAGGCUACUGGGUCAUUGCCGCUGUGGUAGGCAAAAACCAGGUGAGGAAGGGGGUCUGGCGGCUGUGAGAUUAAGGGGAGGUGUAGACAUUGGAUUAAUCUCCCAAUGGCUGAUGUUGGUGGUAGAUAUGCCGAGACUAAAAUAGUAGCAUCAGUAAAAUUCAUUGUUAAAAGUUGGUUCAUUGGUGUUUGAAGAAAGAAAUAUCCUAGAUUUACAUUAUUUCUUUGCAAUUGGCACAAAGGGUAUACAUGGAGGGAAAAUGACGCCAAAUACAAACGAUUAUUAUU